CAGCGGCAGCGGCAGCGGCGGCUCUCACCGGACUCGGGCCCCGCGCGGCGCGCACCCGAGGGGGGUCGGGCGGGGAAGCGGCGCCGUCCCGGACCCCCCGCGGGAGCAGGCGGCUGGCGUGAGGGCAAGGCGGCGGCAGCGGCGGACGGGGAGCAGCGGCUGCCGGAAAAUGACUGCAGUAUUGGAAGAUCGUUACUAUUGGAAGGCCGGUUAGCAUCCAUUUCCUAAGAGAAACUUGACCACCAUUUUCUCUGGCAUGGCGCAAAGCGGUCCACAGCUUGAUAUGCAGGUUCUCCAUGACCUCCGACAACGUUUCCCUGAGAUUCCAGAGGGUGUGGUGUCUCAGUGCAUGUUACAGCAUAACAACAAUCUUGAAGCCUGUUGCCGAGCCCUUUCCCAGGAGAGUAGCAAAUACUUAUAUAUGGAAUACCAUAGUCCAGAUGACAACAGGAUGAAUAGAAAUCGCCUUUUGCAUAUUAACCUGGGUAUCCAUUCUCCUGGUAGCUACCACCCAGGAGAUGGAAUGCAACUUAAUGGUGGUCGAACACUGGUACACAGUUCAAGUGAUGGACAUAUUGAUCCACAGCAUGCAGCAGGUAAACAGCUUAUAUGUUUAGUUCAGGAACCACACUCAGCUCCAGCUGUUGUGGCUGCUACUCCCAACUACAAUCCAUUUUUUAUGACUGAGCAGAACAGAAGUGCAGCUACUCCUCCUUCACAGCCACCUCAACAGCCAUCUUCCAUUCAAACGGGAAUGAAUCCAUCUGCUAUGCAAGGGCCUUCACCACCACCGCCGCCUCCUCCUUCAUACAUGCACAUACCUCGGUAUAGUACAAAUCCAAUUACUGUUACAGUAUCCCAAAACCUCCCUUCUGGACAGACUGUACCAAGAGCUUUACAAAUUCUUCCACAAAUUCCAGGCAAUCUUUAUGGGUCUCCUGGUUCUAUUUAUAUUAGACAGACAUCUCAGAGUUCAUCGGGAAGACAAACUCCUCAGAGUACGCCGUGGCAGUCCUCACCACAGGGCCCAGUGCCUCAUUAUAGCCAACGUCCUUUACCUGUUUAUCCACAUCAACAGAACUACCAGCCUUCUCAGUAUUCUCCCAAACAACAGCAGAUCCCGCAACCUGCUUACCAUUCACCACCUCCUUCUCAGUGUCCUUCACCCUUCAGCUCUCCACAGCAUCAAGUGCAACCUUCCCAGUUGGGCCACCCAAGUUCCCACGUCUUCAUGCCACCUAGUCCUUCAGCUACUCCACCCCAUCCAUAUCAACAAGGACCUCCUAGCUAUCAGAAACAGGGAAGCCAUUCAGUAGCCUAUCUCCCAUAUGCAACAUCUAGCUUACCCAAAGGAUCCAUGAAGAAGAUAGAAAUUACAGUUGAACCCUCUCAGAGAUCUGGGACAGCAAUUAAUAGGAGCCCUUCACCUAUCAGUAAUCAGCCAUCUCCACGGAAUCAGCACUCAUUGUACACGGCCACCACGCCACCUUCCAGUUCACCUUCAAGAGGGAUAUCCAGUCAACCAAAACCUCCAUUUAGUGUUAAUCCUGUGUAUAUCACAUAUACACAGCCAACUGGACCUUCUUGUGCUCCAUCACCAUCUCCUCGGAUGAUACCAAACCCAACUACAGUUUUUAAGAUUACUGUAGGCCGAGCAGCAACUGAAAAUCUUUUAAAUUUAGUGGACCAAGAAGAGCGUUCUGCAGCCCCAGAACCUAUUCAGCCCAUUUCAGUGAUACCAGGCUCUGGGGGAGAAAAAGGAAGCCAUAAAUAUCAGAGGAGUUCUAGUUCUGGAUCAGAUGACUAUGCCUAUACACAAGCCUUGCUGUUACAUCAGCGAGCAAGGAUGGAGAGGUUAGCAAAGCAAUUGAAACUUGAGAAAGAGGAGCUAGAGCGGUUGAAGGCUGAAGUUAACGGUAUGGAGCAUGACCUGAUGCAGAGACGGCUCAGAAGGGUCAGCUGCACCACUGCAAUCCCAACGCCUGAGGAAAUGACAAGAUUGAGAAGCAUGAACAGACAACUGCAGAUAAAUGUUGACUGUACACUGAAAGAAGUUGACCUCCUUCAAUCUAGAGGAAACUUUGAUCCAAAAGCCAUGAAUAAUUUUUAUGACAACAUAGAACCUGGCCCAGUUGUACCACCCAAGCCAUCUAAAAAAGACUCGUCAGACCCCUGCACAAUUGAGAGGAAAGCCCGAAGAAUUAGCGUGACCUCCAGAAUACAGGAGGACGUCCAUGACACCCAGGCAGCAGCUGCAGAUGAGCAUCUAAGUGGCUCCAAACAGAGUCCUCGGACACAACCCCGAGAUGAAGACUACGAAGGGGCUCCAUGGAAUUGUGAUAGCUGCACCUUUCUGAACCAUCCCGCACUAAAUCGCUGUGAGCAGUGCGAGAUGCCACGGUACACUUGAAUUCAGAAGAGUCUGCACCACGUCGAGAGUCAAACCCAUGAGAAGAAAAGGAAAGCUCGGAAAUCUGUCCAUCUGCCCAGCCUUUGCAUUUCAGAUUAUGUGGGGGGCGGGGGGAGGAAUGCCGCCAUAGCUGCUUGUGCUCACUUAAGGGGGGAGGGGGUCCCCCGCCUCUCUAACUCCUUGCAGAGUUAGAAAGGGAUACUUGAAACGGGGAAAGGAUUCACUUUUGAAAGAAUGUACACAAAGAAGUCAAGAGCUUUUCUGUGGAAUCCCAACUGUUAAAGUUACUGCUGAGUGACCCUUACUUCAUAAACUACAACUCUGAAUUGUGGUGUGCCAUGUUCCAGUUUCUGCAGACAAACUGUGAAUUGCCAGAGUGGACUUACCUGGUCACAGCUCUCUGGAAAACCCAGGCUCCCCGGGCUUCUUCCUGAUGCUUCCUACUGAAGAGCAGCUCAGGGAAAAGCAACCAGAGGGUGAUUUUUGGGGGGCAAAAUAACAAGGGUAUUUGUAAUUGCUGCUUUUUUCAGGGGUAAUUUCAAACGUACAAGUAAGAUGUUUUAAAAUGUGAUUUGUAGCAGUCAGGAAUUAGGCAUAUUGCGCCCUUUGUUCGAAAGUACAAUCAGAGGUGGUAAGAUCCCUUUUGCUUGUACAGUGAUUCAUCAAGCUGCAUCAACACUGGUAACUAAGACCUAAUUGCCGCAUAAUAGAUAUAUUUUUACAGUUACUGCAUGCUUUUAUUAGGCCAUUGGUUCUUAAAAUAACCAACAAGUCCUUACAAGUUAUGAUUUUAUGAAUGACCUUCUCGUAAAACUGCGCUUUGCCAAUAGCACAGUGAAUGUACGCUGAAUGUAAAUCCAUUCCAAAAUCCACUUGGAAUCUUGAGCUCAGCUGUGGAUCUAUAAGAAAUGUUUGCAGUCCAUAGCGUUUUUUCCCCCCUCCUUUCAAUUUUGUGACGAGUACAUGAUGUUUACAGCACAGAUACUUUGUGCCAUAAUCCUAAUUUAGCUGAAAAAAAAUCAACAUUAGCCGUUCAAUAAAGAUGUAUUUGCACAUGUUAAUAAACCAGUGUGAGAGAAGUUAUAGUUAGCCAAUAUCAAAGUUGCACACUGCAUUAUGUGGGGAGGAAGAGAAGGCUAGUUAAGAAAUGAUUAAGAAAAAGGUGAAUACAAAGGACUUUGAAACUAAGAACUUCUAAAAUUUAACAUACUGUAUUCAGAGAUAGUACUGAGUUUGUUCAGAUAGUUCAGGUGAUACUAAAGCACUCCUUAUUUCUGAAACUAGAACUUUAGGGUGUGAAUAACUGAAGAGAUAUAAAAUCACUCAGUAGGGUGCACCACUGGAAAAUUAUUAAUAAGACAUUUAAUUACAGUCUCUACCAUUAUUGACUUUUCUUCCAAGCUCAGAAUUGCAUUUUGGGAUCUUCCCCUUAUUUGGGUAAAUAUAAACAGCAAUAAAACUGGUGGGUUUCUUAAGUGUGAAGGACUUUACCUGAAAUUAUAACCUUAGGAGUAUCUACUCUCACAUACUGGGUGUCCUAGACACACACACACACUUCAAGGUGUCAUUGUGUUCUAAUUUAGCAGUAAUCUCUGGCAGACCUGGAAAAACAAGCUGCACUUAAUAGCAUAAUGAAAUCAAAGGCAUACUAGUUCAUCAUAGUUUUCCAUCAAAAUCAUAAUUUCACACUGUUCCUACAGCAGCUUUGAAAACAUUUUUUCAUAUGUGGAAAAUGUCCUCAAAAACAUCUGCUCGUCUCACAAAGUCAGCGUGGCUAUGUUACUACACUGAUAAAACAUCUCUCCUGCGACUGUGUCAAAACUGUGAAAAUAAUGGUGAGAAAGCAGAUGGGCUUAAAAGCCUUGACCUGAAAACAGCAUUCAUUCUUUAAAAGCUUUUGUGGCACUGGUGUCUGUCAGUCUCUAAUAAGUCUGUCAGUCCUACUGUUCUGUGAUAUGCCAAUACCUUUGCCUUUGUAUGGUUUCAUAUCUCUUUAGUGAUGGUCAACCCCACUUGGUAUCAAGUAAAAAUCUAGGGGGAAAUAUAUAUACUGCUUGGUGUUCUAGCUAAAGGUUUACCCAGUAUUCUUAGUGAUACGCUGAAGCAGCAGCAGUUACCUUGGCAGUUGUCAGCUGAGAAUGAAAGUAGCAUGUAUGAAAAGUCUGACGCUUUAUUAACACCGUGUAGAUGACUUUAAAACUAUUGCAUGAACAUACAUCCAGGUAACCGAACUGUUAUCACACAGUAGAUGCAUGGUUCCAGUGCUUUGGUGAUAUAUCUAGUAAAUCAUUGUCUUCACCUGCCAGGAAGAAUGAGAAACCAGUCUACGCGAUAGGUAUAGAGGGUGGGGUAUGAGACAUCAAAGACUGAUUUUUAAGGAGGUUUUGUAUGUGCUUAUUUCCGGUUGUGCACAAGUUCCAUACACUGACAUAGGCUGUGUUCAGCUUUUAAAAUAAGCAAAAUUAUUUGACACUGAUAAAUUUGAUAUAUUUAACUGUGACCCAUAAAUAGGCUACUUCUUGCCUAUCAGCAGUUUGAACAAGAAUUCAGUCCAUUUUCAAGAUGCCUCUUCAAAAGGAUCUCCUGGUUGGAUUGCUGUGUACAGACAGCUGGCGUAGAAGUGGGUAGGAUAGAAGUUGGAUGGUGUCCACCUGCUGAGGUGCCUGUGCUUUUUGGAUCAGUUGGUGCACUUCUUGUUUCUAGUAAAAAGGUUUUUUCCUUAAAAUACAACUAGUUUGAUGAAUCUGGUAACACAGAUACCUGACUAUACAUUUUACAUUAUUUCACUGUUUUGUAAACGGGGUUCUUAGAAAGCACAUUUGCCAUUUUGUUAAAGUACAUUGCCCCUUAACUUUUGGAGUAGGUCUUAAAUGUUUAAAGUGGUGAUAGAGGAACCAGAAACUUUCUAAGCGUUGUAAAAUGUUUUGAAUAAGGAUCUUGUUUGGGAGUGUAGAGGCAGCGGGUUUUAAAGAAACAAAAGAAAUGCGUUGUUAAAAAAAGGUAGUUUUAGAGCAGAUUAAUGAUGGUGGGGAAAGUGUUGCUAAUUUGUUUAUUUCCCUGGAAAAACGGGAAUGUGAUGAGCAGUUUAAUAAUUUUUAAGGAGCUGGUCUCAAUUUUAGGACUUAUUAUAAGAAAUCGGUGUUUCCUUAAAUUUUUGUCAUUGCUCUGUCCCAGUUAUCUACAGUUAAUUUCCAACUUUCUGUGGCAACUCAAUUUUAUAUAGUAUUUUAAAAAGUAACUGUAAUGUCUUUGACAGUGUAAACAAAAAGCAAGAAUAUAAGGCAUAGAAAAACUGUCCUUUCAAAAUGUCAAUGAUGUAUCCUGGAAUGUGAAGAUGUCCCCUUAUAGUUAAAACUGAUUUAUUUUAAUAUUGUAAUCACUCUUUAGACCUUAAAUGAGUCGUUACAGUGUGUGUCUGUAUAUCCGUAGACAAAAUGACCAUUGAAAUGUUACUUUAAAAUCAGAAUAAAUUGGGCACUGUCUGUUGCACCACUACUGUAUCUUUUUGAAAGGAUUAAUAAUAUUUUCUUAUUGUAAAAGUUAACUCUCAUGAUGAUUUCACAUUCACCAGACAUGCAUUUUUUUUUCCUGUAUUAUUUGCAUCCCCAAAUAUUUAAUACAAGUAGAUUUUGCAUGGCUUGGGCAUUCGGAGAUUAACAGAAUGAUGACUCAGUUUUAAUUUCUAAAGCCAUGAAAAGUUGCUUUGAGACUGAACAAUUCUGAAUUCUUAUUUAUAACGACACCCAAUAUCCAUGUUUACUUACUAUAAAAGAAUCGAUCAGUUUCUUCAGUAAAACAGCAAGACUUAUUAAAUCUUGUAAAUACCAUGUCUCUUUUAGAUUUCUGUGUAUGCUGUGAAUUGAAUCAUUUUGAGGUGAAAUUGUACAGAGGCAUUUUAAAAGGCUAUGCAUGCAUCGUACCUCCAAACAGUACAUAUUCGGAACGUCAACGAUUCCUGCAAAAUAAAUUAAUAAACUAAAAGCAAACACUA